AUGGUGCCAAACCAAGUCAGCAUCUUCUCCAUCGUCAUGUAUGUGCUUGAGUCCUUGAUAAUAAUUAUACAAAGUGGUAUGACUGUUGCAGUGCUGUUCAGAGAGUGGAUGAACUUUCAAAGACUGUCACCGGUGGAAAUGAUUCUUAUUAGCCUUGGCACUUCACAUUUCUGUCUACAAUUGGCAUCAAUGGUAUACAACUUUGGCACCUUUUCUAGACCUGUACAAGUAUUAUGGAAGAUAUCAGUCAUCUGGGAGUUUAUGAACAUUUUGACAUUCUGGCUAACCAGUUUUCUUGCUGUCUUCUACUGUGCCAAGGUCUCUUCCUUCACCCACCCCAUCUUCCAUUGGCUGAAGUGGAAAAUUUUGAAAUUGGUUCCUUGGUUGAUAUUGGGUACUCUGAUAGCUUCUUGUUUGUCAAUCAUCCCUUCCAUUGUUAAAUAUCAAAUCCAGAAUGAAUUAAUCACCCUAGAUCAUUUACCCAGAAACAGUACUUUGAUUGUAAGACUCAAGAUGUUUGAACAGCGUUUUUCCGGUCCUUUUAAAGUUAUUGGUUUUGGUAUUCCCUUCCUCGUGUUCCUGGUUGCUAUUAUCUUACUCACAGUCUCACUGGUCCGACACUGGGGGCAGAUGAAAGAGUAUAACACCAACAACUGCAGCAUGAAAGCUCAGUCCACUGUUCUGAGGUCACUUACUACCUUCUUUGUCUUCUUCACAUCCUAUUUUCUGACUAUAGUAGUCUCCUUUAUAGGCACCAUAUUUGAUAAGAAAUCAUGGUUCUGGGUCUGUGAAGCUGUCAUCUAUGGUUUAGUCUGUAUUCACUAUACUUCACUGAUGAUGAGUAACCCUACAUUGAAAAAAGUACUGAAGAUGCAAUUCUGA